GCUCCUCUCUCCCUGCUGCUAAGGGAGAGAUGGCUCCUCCCCGUCCUCGCAAGGAUAAUAAAAAGCAAGAGAUAAAACAGUAAACACGAGGAGAGCUGCAAAACUCGCGGAGAGCGAGCACUCGCUCUAAAGAAAGCCGACCGCCCCGUCGGAGUGGUGCCGGAGCUGCGGCGAGCGGUGCGCGUGCUGGUGGUGAAGGCGUGCGGUUGUUGUGGUGCUGUGUGUGGUGUCCGUGCGGCCUCGGCGCCGUACGUACUACAGGGACCAGCGAUGGACGGCAGCGUGAGGCCGGCGACGACGUCGUCAUGAAGUUUCUCAGCGUGCGCAAGGUGACCCAGGGCACGGCUCUGGCCGUGUUUCUGGCCGCCUUCUACGGAGCCUUGCUGCUGCUCGGCUGGCCGCCGCUCGGCCUCGACUGGCAGCAGCAGACGACGGCGCUCGUUGCAGACGACGCCGCUCAAGAUGGCGGCGCGCACAAGAAAGCAGCAGCAGCGGACGGAGAAGUUGCAGCGGCAGCAGCAGCUUCGUCCAACGUCAACAACAAGCUAGUGUUCCUCAGGGCCCCGCCCGGGUUUCAUCAGAGUGCUAGUCGCAGGGUGUUGAAGGGGGGAAACGACUUUGAUAACGAAGUGGAGGAUUACGCCGACCAGCCGUCGGGCGAAGACUUUGCUCCCGACAGUGUCGGGGCCGAUGCCGACGUACGCGACAGCAACAGGUCGGCGGGCCAGCGUACUGCGGUCAGCGGUGGGACGGUGCCCGAGGAACCGCAGCGGUCGCCCACCACGCGACUGGAGGACGUGUUUUUCAGUGUUAAGACGACGCGGACGUUUCACAGGACUAGGCUGGACGUCAUACUCAAAACGUGGUUCGUCCUCGCACGCGAACAGACGUAUUUCUUCACGGAUGCGGCGGACCCGCUGUACCAGCUCAAGACAAACGGUCACCUCAUCAACACCAACUGCUCAUCGUCGCACAACAGGAAAGCCCUGUGCUGCAAGAUGUCUGUCGAGCUAGACUUCUUCCUCGACAGCACUAAGAAGUGGAUGUGCCACUUCGACGACGACAACUACGUCAACGUUCCGCGGCUGGUGAAGCUGCUGCAAGAGUACGACCCCCGCGAGGACUGGUACCUGGGCAAGCCGUCCAUUCGGCAGCCGCUGGAGAUUCUCGCCAGGGACAACAGCAAGCCGCAGAGGAAGAUCUCUUUCUGGUUCGCCACGGGCGGUGCGGGAUUCUGCAUCAGUCGCUCGCUUGCGCUCAAGAUGCUGCCGCUCGCCGGGCGUGGGAAAUUCAUCAGCAUCGGGGAACACAUCCGGUUGCCCGAUGACGUCACCAUGGGCUACAUUGUGGAGCACCUUCUGAAGAAGAACCUGACCGUGGUCGAGAACUUCCACUCGCACCUCGAACCCAUGAAGUUCCUCAAGAAGGAGGCCCUCAGCGACCAGGUGACCUUCAGCUACUCCAAGUUCGGCAAGGAGCUGAACGUGCUCAAUAUCGACGGCUUCCCGCUCAGGGUAGACCCCACUAGGUUCCUGUCCUUACACUGCCAGCUGUUCCCGAACUUCAGCUUCUGCCCGAGGUAGCGACACGCCUGACGCGCGCGCUUCGGGAGUGCGGCGCGGAAUGUGCCAAGAGCCACGAUGCCUGCCAAGCACCCGAGAAGAAAGAAGCACGCCGUCAAGCUGCAAUCGACAGCGCGUUUUCUUUUGUAGUGCGGAAUACUGUCUGUGUGAAUUGUACGAGCGCACGUGCUUCAGCCAUCGAGGACAUUACAGCGGGGCCCUCUACAGUGUGUGUGCGGAACUGUGGUGCGGAACAUUGCGCAGUGAAGCCUUGACUGUCAGUUUUGAGACGUUGCUGUGCGGCGGUGACGGCGCUAUGGGGGCGGCGCGUCAGCGUUGAUUCGACGUUGGCGCCUCGAACUUCGGUUAGUGCGGCAGUGUGACGUCACUAGUGACCUUCCAGCUCCGCGGAAGACAGUGCCUCGCUUCACGUGGUAUCGCUGCAUGGUGUGCGGACUUUCCUUCGGUCUCGUAGCGUCAGAAGGCUGUGAAGUUAAACAGUUCAGUUAGCUGAGCCCCCCCCCCCCCCUUCUUUUUUUUGGUAAACCUGGCUGAAAUUUCUUGCCUCGUGUACCGGGGUACGAACUAAGCACAGAUCUCUAUUUGGUUUUGCACCUUAAGCAGAACGUGUACAGAAAGACACGACCGUAUUUUUUUAGAGGGGUCAGGUUCGUGGACAGCGUCAGGGAACAAGUGUCGAUGCUCGCCACAAGUGCCAGUAGACGCGGCCAUAUCUGAUCACCUAGUAAGACUGAGUAGCGUGCAAAGGUAGCAGUCGCAGCCUAAGGAAACUGCGGACUCACGGCAACGUAUACAGGCAAAUAAUAAGCCUGCAGCUCGCUGUUUGUUCGUCAGCGGCAAAGGAACAUUCAGUGCAACUAUAUAUGUAUGACGGAGGCCUUCGGGCCCGGCGGGUCACUGUCGUAAUACUGAAAAUGCUCCAAGAAAGUCUAAAAUAUUUUCAGCGGCCUCUGACAAUGACUCUUACUAUGCCGGGUGUGUAUGUAACACCAGAGAAUAUUGGGAUACGAUGUGAUUGCUUAUCGGGACUCGGCGCGGUGGGGUCGACGUCGUUGGUGCAAAUUUCUAUCGUAAACCUGUAUGACGCCAUGACAUUGAACUGUCAUAUCAGGGUGAAAUAAUUCCUCCUUACCGAUCCCACGUCGCUGGUAACUCUCGUGUGUUCGGACGUGCAGCGGAGAUUCGACCCUUGAUUGCACGCGAAUUGGAUUAAACGCAUCGGGUAAUGUGGUUACCUUCGUUCCAGGACACAUCGGAAUUAAGCCUGCUGUCACAAUCAUUGUGCCAUUUCGGAACGUAUGGUGUUCACUGUUCAGGUUUCCUGCGCUAAACGAUUAUACCUGCACAGAAGACAAAUCACGUGCGUUGACGCAGCUCUUACUGGUGGCGAGGAAAUAGGGCGUUUCACAGUCACGGCAUGCAAAAUAGUAAUGAUUAUAUAGAUAUUGAGUCACCGGUUCAACGCUAUGUGUUCAAUGUUGAGGCGUUCGACUCGCAAAUAUUUCCUUCGAUACCGCUCCUUUUGUACAGUAUAUAUUUUAUUUCGCUUUAUCCUUAGGAAUCCGUCGUACUUUUUUUUUGGUUUCCUUCUUUUCACGGAGUGGUUGUUUUACACCACCAGUAUAUGGAAUAUCUGUAUUCAGCGUGUUCAAUUGGGCUCUAUUCAGUUAUCGACACGUUCAUUCAUGCGGUGUCGCACUUGAGUCAGAAGUUGUGCACGAACCGUAAGACGAGGUCAGCCAGAAAUGUAGUCACUACUCUUGUUUAUUCGUAUCGAUGAGAUAUGCUUGCUGCUCCGUCGUUUACGCACGAUUCCUGCAGCAGCAGUCUAACGUACGUUCUUUAUGCAAUCUGCUAGUUAACGUGGUAUGGUUAUAAGACGCACUUGCGUGAUACUGUCAAUUGAGGUUCAAUCGCUCGUACUUUAGCAGCGAGAAUUCCCCACGCGCUCUCUGCUAUAACGUAUAAAGGAAAGCACGUAAUUCGACGCAGAUGCCUCCUCCAGUAUCCUUAUACCGCGUAUUCAGCGUUUCUUGCAACAUGGCCGAAAUCUCCUGCAGCUACCUUUAACCUAACACUUCCUUGCUGCUCGCACCAACUUACUUGCUUCCUGUCCUACCUCUGUAAGUCUUUCGACUACAAAACAGCGCCUCAGGGUCUGCAGAAGCAACGCCCGCGACGCCAGUUGCGACAUCGAUCCAGAGUGCUUCGUCACUCUCUUCGCCAAAUGACGAGGCAGAAAAAUUCGCUCCCUUAGGCCUCGCGCCCUUGUCUUCGAAGCCAGCACGCGGACGACGCAUUCGAGCCGCGUCCUCGUGGACGCGAAAGCUCCGAACUAUGUAUACAAAAUCAAAAGUGCGCGCACAACCUCACCCGACCGCUUCUUUCUCGCCUACAGUUUGUCCGAGGAGAGUGAGGCGCGUAACAGCAGUAGUAGCCGGCGGUCAAGUCUAAUACCUCUUGCCUGUCGCGCGCUGGUGCGGAAGCAACGACCUGUAAUUGCGUCCCCGUGCACGACGCGUCUCGUCUGCGCUUAAUUGAGGAGGCCGCCUCGUUUUUAACGUCCUUUUUUUUUUCUUUCUUUCUCAUUCUUCAACCUGCCUUGGAACACGUCGGGAAUGCCGUCGCUGCAUGCGAGGUCGGUAGCCGAGACGAGCCACGCAAAUAGCCGCGAGCUGCCUCUGCGCUGACCAAUCAAAGUCGAGCGUGAUGCUGGCCAAACGAACAAGCAGACCCUGUCCAUUUGGCGGCGGUGACCGCGGACGCCGCGUCGUUUUAAAGAUACCGGGCUCGCGAAGGGAUAUAUAUCGUCGGAGAACGAGCACUUCGGACGGCGCGUGAUGUGCUUCGAAGAUAGCCCGCCGUAGUAAUUACGUAUGCACUGGAGCGAGCUUCGGUUCUUGUCUUUUUUUUUUUUUUUUUUUUUUGAGGAUCGCGUCUGUGGUCACUUUUCGUGUUUUCCGCUUGCGCUUUCCGGUCUGCCAAAAGAAGCUGACAAAUGAACUCGGCGUGCCUUAAUUCUCCCAAACUUUGCCGAUAAGAUAAUCCAGCCGUGACGCGUAAUGGAGGACUCGUUCUGACACACUCCACGACAACGCUAACAGAGUUGUGCUGCAUUCAACGACGUUCGCGAAAUAAACGAAAAAAUGCGGGAGCAGGGAGCAAGUUUACCGUCUUCGAACGUCUUUUCAUUUGAACUGAAAACGAGACUUGCUGCAACGUCACAGCCGUGUAGCAAAUCUGCUGACGGGAUAAUUUCUUUUCCCGCUUGAUGUGGGUACAGAGGAAGGCAGAGAGAAUAGCCGCGCUUAAGAUUUUUCAGACUACUGAUUACAUAAAAAACACGACACUGCUACACAAACAAAAACAAACAAGCAUGACCGGAACGGCACUAUCUCUCAGUUCUGCAGUCUGCAUAAAAAGAUCAUUGCCAACUAGUCCGGCUAUCACUUCUUUUGCUAUUAAUGACAUGUCGCUUAUUGUCACGAAGGGUCAGUGAUACUCGUCUGAAGUCAGGUCAUGGUUAUCAGUCGAACUUCUUUGUUCAUGAUGUGAUUUCAUAUGGGCGAUAUGGAUCUGGUUAAUUUUAAUGUAGUGACAUAAUGUAGUCGAGAAGUGGCGGGUAAUGAUGCUCCUGCAUCAGGAAGGGAGUUGCUCCCUCAAGUGAUAGUCGAGUAGAAAUUGUUGGCGCAAAUUAUUGAUUGCGUCCUUCUGAGCCAUCUCCUGUCAUGAUGGACUUCGCUGCAUGAUGUCACAGUUGGCUGCUUCGAAUUUUGACGACCGCGUCACUCUUCUCACGCGGGUGCAGUCGUUUUUGUGCAAUCAUGGUUUGCCUCUCACGUGAACAAGAAAAAAAUGUUUUGCCUACUUGUUUUUUUUCUUUUCGUGAGGUUUCUGAGAGCCAUUUCCGUUCGUCGGUCCAGAGUAUUCCCUGAAACGCUGUAUCACAUUGUGGCAAUCCUCAAAGCGGUGUUUUAGAGAUGUAUUGUAAUGCGUUUAGCAUGUCUCACGCUAGACUGGAAGUAUUGUGUAUAUAUGCGUGUACAUAGUCUAGUUCGCAAUGUGGGACACGCCUCGUCGCCACGUCGACGAGUGCAGAACUGUGUCGCAGUUGUAUUUUUCUGCAUUGUUGUACAUAUACGAGGCGACGAGAGAAAACGACGAGAAAGAAAACGCUCGAGCCUUUCUGUAUUUUGUAUAAGAGACUCGUCGCGGCCGUACACCGCACCGUAGACAGCUUUUUUGUGGUCUUGUUAUUAUUUUUUUGGCUGGCCGAUACGGUGAAAUAGCCCCAUUGGUCACGAACAAGACUGAGACUGCACGACUAGGAAAAUAAUAAAAUAA